AUGGAAAGUUCGACAUACAGUGGAGGCAAUUAUACUUGGACACCGGAACUGACCACCAGCGUGGACGUGAUAACGUCGUCCAUUGUCAACGACAACGACACGACGGGCGAGGUCUGGCUUCCCAACUACUGGUUCGGCUUCAUCGAGAAGCCGACGUCGCAGCAGGUGACGCUGUUCGGGUCGUGGCUGCGGCUCAUUGGUCUCCCGCCAAUCCUUCUCCUCGGCGUCUUCGGCAACGUGCUCGCCAUCGCCGUCAUGCUGCGGCCCGCCAUGCGCAGACAUUCGUACAGCUACUACCUGGUGAUGUGCGCCAUCUGCGACACCGUCUCUCUCGUGGUGAGGCUUCUCUUCUGGAUCAACCUGCUGCGAGAGUUCCGGGACCUGCCCGUCUUGGUCCGCUUCCAGGACGUGGUCGCGUGCGUCGUCAGCGAGUACCUCAUCACCGCCAACACCGUCAUCAGCUCGUGGGCCAUCGUCUGCAUCACCGUGGAGCGGGUGAUCGUGGUGCUGUUCCCCCUCACUGGAACUAACGUCUGCAAGCCCGCGGUGGCGCGAAAAGUCGUCACGUGCGUGGCGCUGGGCACGUUCAUCCUGCUGUGCUACAUUCCUCCCUUCACCCAGUACCUGCCGGCGGUCGGUUGUGCCAUGCGGUUGUCCAACAUCAUGGUCCACUUUAUCAUCGCCACUAUCUUCGUGUCCAUGCUGCCACUCAUCCUCAUCUUGGUGGGCAAUGUGUGCAUCAUCAUCCAGCUGCAGCGACAGAAGACCAGCAUCAGCGCCAUCGGCAACAGGACUCGCACGUCGAACCGCGUCACGACGAUGAUGCUGACGGUGUCGCUGACGUUCUUUGUGCUCGUCAUGCCCAACGCCCUGCUGGUUCUGGUGAGCGUCCUACAGCCAACGUGGGCCACCCUGGACGUCCUCAAGGAUCCCGCAGCCUUCCUGUGGGACAUUAACUUCGCCAUCAACUUCUACCUCUACAUCGUCACGGCCGGUAACGUGAGGAGCGAGCUGGUGAUGAUGUUCAGUAGGGGGAGAAGGACUGCAGCCCAGUCACGGACUCUCACAACAAUCAGCUCCACUGUAGGUUAG